AUGGCAGCCGCCAAGGAGGUGCAAGAGGCUGCUGCUACGGGUGCUGGGGAAGGGGCCACGGUGACGCUGGUGGCCGGCGACACGCGGCUGGUGGCGCACAGGGCCGUCCUGGCAGGCAGGAGCCCCGUGUUCGCCGCCAUGCUCUGCCAGGACACGCCGGAGGCCGGCAGCAGUGUGGUCGCAGUCCCCGGCGUGGAGGGCCCGGUGCUGCACCAGCUGCUGGCCUACAUGUACUCCCUCCAUGCUCCCGAGAUGCCCCGCAUGGCCCCACAGCUGCUGGCAGCUGCAGACAGGUACGGCGUGUGGGGGCUGAAGGUCCAGUGUGAGGAGCAGCUGGCCAGUCAGCUGUCAGCAGAGAACGCGGCGCGCACGGCAGUGCUGGCAGUGAGGUACUCCUGUCUCAGCCUCGCAGAGGUCGCUGUCGCCUUCAUAAAAGCCAACUCGCUGGUGUUUGCCACAGCGGAUUGGGCCGAUGCGGUCCUCAACCACCCUGAUGAGGUGGUCAAAGUGAGUCAGUUGCUCGGUGGGCCACUAACAGAAACCAGGAGCCUUCCUGGAAAGGAGAGUAGCCGAGGACUGAUCCAGGCAGCUAAGGAGGGGGCGGUGGAGGAGCUCAGGGUGCUUCUCGCGACAGGGGCGAAAGUGGGGGCGAGGGACGAGGACAUGUGGACUGCUCUGCACUGGGCAGCUGAGAGGGGACACCUGGAGGCAGUAACAUGUCUGGUGGAAGGUGGAGCAGAGGUGGAUGUGAGGGACAGCAGGCACAACACGCCGCUGCACUGGGCUGCAUACCGGGGUCACGUGGCUGUGACACGGCGAUUGCUGGACUCCUCUGCUGACCCCGAUGCCAGGGAUAAGUAUGGGUGGACGCCGCUGCACUGUGCAGCAAGAUGCGGCCACACAAACGUGGCGGCCGUGCUGAUCGAUGCAGGGGCUGACACUGAGGCCAGGGACGCACACGGGCACGAACCCUGCGCCAUCGCCAGGCAGAACGGCAAGCAGCAGCUCGUGGAGAUGCUAUCGUGAAGGAUUCAGUGCAACAAACAUCUCUGCAAUGAUGCUGAAAUGACUCUCUACAUCUGUUUGUGAUAUUGUUCUAAAUACAGAAUGCGAAUGUGAAUUCUACAGUCCAUCAUUUGUACUCACCUUUAAGUAGGACUCACGUACAGUGGUGCCAUUAUCAUAAACUUUGUAUUCUGUGGUGUGCGAGGCAAUUGGGGUUAAGCAGCCAUUCAUGCAAGGUGCCUGCCACAUUCAGACUUGACAGACAAAUGAUUAAACAAGAAAUUCUAUAUUUUGAUAGAAUGCAACACAAUCAUACAACUGUUAGAAUGAUUAUUGUUCAUGGUCCUAUGUGAUAAUGCAGCUGUAGUUCCAUUGUCAACAGAAUAAAAAUAAGGUAAAUUCUUUUAA